AUGAAUAGGUACAGCAGCCGGGAAGCUGCCCUUGAGGCAGGUCUUCAUCACAAAAGAGUAUUCUGUGACCUGUGGCUCACCGACGCAAUCAAAUUCUGGAUGUACAGGCAAACCGUCGCAGAGAACAAUGAAUCGCCAGUCGCAAUCCGUACCUCUGCCCUUGGUCGCCAAAGGAAAGCCGUGGAGAGCGCGCCAGGCUCCGGCCAUGAAGAACCUUUAAACCAGCAAGAUGGUCAGAUGGAAAGCGUUGCGCUUCCGCUACUCGAUCUCCACCAUUCCGCAGACAAUCACGAGCCAUCUGCUGACGAAAUCACCCUCUCCUACCCUUCAGGCCACCGCGAACGUUUCUCCUUUGGCAAACGUAGUCAGAAACGCGAGCACAAAUACGCCCGAACCCAAGACCCAGCUGAAGACAUCAUCAGGACGAUCGAAGUCAUCUGCAUCCAGGCUGGAAUCAACAAGGACAACGAACUCAAAGUCAAGCGCGCAAUCCUUGAACUUUCUCUAAAGAAUCGAAAAGAUCUCGAUGCCGUUAAGCUCCCACCGUUACAAACCAUCAUUCAGAAUACUUGUGGGUGGAGCACAGGUAUGAAAUUGCAGCGGUUUGACUGUGGUUUACAACCAGAGCUUACCGAGCAUUUCUUCGAUCAGCUACACGAUCGAUCUAUCGCCGACGUUGCUUCACUGCUCGAACGGACAGGCGAAAAGGCUAGAGACUCAACGUACGGAGAGCUCACGCCACAGUUCUUGACCUCAAUCUUCCUUAAGACGGGUCUUACUGCGUCAUGCACAUAUCUUGAUCUCGGCUCAGGAGUUGGACAGACAUGUAUGCAAGCCUCACUUGAAACGCAGUGCACGUCUUUUGGGGUUGAAAGAGAGGGCAAAUGCCACACUGUAGCGAUCACGCAUCUCAGCCAGUUCAAAGCAAGAAGCAAGCUAUGGGGUUUGAAUCACGGCGACGUUUAUUUACGCAAAGGAGACUUCUUAGUCAGUGUCUUUGUGGGCGAGCUUCUUCCUAAAGCAGAUGUGGUGCUGGUGAACAACCUAGUCUUGGGACCKGAGACAGAUUUGGCACUACGGACAAGAUUGACGACUUCCUUGAAAACUGGAACUCGAGUAGUGAGUACGAGACCUCWGGUACCCAUCGCAAGGCCAGCUAGAGCGCAGAGAGUGGCAAAAAGAAAGACUUCCAACAAUGACACUUCCACGACUGGUGACGAGGAGUUGAUAGAAAGGAGUGGGGAAGAUGAGAAUUGGACGUGGAAACAGAUGGUCUUUGAUGCAGGUAGUGUGAGCUGGAGUCACAAACAGGGGCUCUACUACAUCUCUAUCAGAAAGUAA